AUGAUUCACAAAUACGGUUCACAUAUGCAGUUAUGUGGAGAAGACGGUAUGGAAGGUUCGCAUAACUUCUUUGUUCGAUUGUUGACCAAGGAUGGUUGGUUGGAUGACUCGAACAUAGACAUGGCCUUGCUUUUGGUACGGGAGCGCCACGAGAGGUCUGGCAACUGGGUAGGUUCUGACUGGACGAUACUGGACACCACUUUUCAGAAAUGUGCUGCCUUGGAUUACAAGGAAAUGAAGACAACUCAAGCCAUCCAACGGGCCGUGCAGCCGGUGGCGAAAAUUCUGCCCUGGUUGUUAAAGGAAUCUGGAUAUAUUGGUGAUGGUCUAAUUCGGAACAGCGAGUGGCCAGUUAUUCGCGUCAUGGAUGCACCCCAACAAGGCGACUGUGGGAUGUACAUCCUCAAAUACUGCGAGUUUCUGACCUCGAAUGUAGACCUGGCCAAGAUUUCGCAUGACGCCAUGCCCUUGUAUCGGUUGAAGCUCGCUGUAUAG